AUGACCGAGAGCCGACCCUUUUCAUCCCCUGAUGACAUGAAGUUAACAUCCGAUCGGAUUUGGUCGGGGAGCUCGAGAGAAGAUAUCCUCGAGGCGUUCGAAGCGCAUCCGAGAAUCGGGGACAAGAAGGGAGCAGAGCAGCAUGGAGGGAAAUGGGCAUCGAAUGAGCAGAAAGGGAUGGAUUCUGCCUCAAAUGACAUCGCGCGUGCGAUGAUGAAGGGGAACGCGGAGUAUGAGGCUAGGAUGGGAUUCCGGUACAUUGUCUGUGCGACGGGAAAGUCUGCGGAGGAAAUGCUGCAGAUCUUGAAGAUGCGGGUCAACAACGCCCCAGAUGAAGAGCUGAAAACUGGAGCUGCAGAACAGAACAAGAUCACUCACCUGAGGCUGAACAAGUUGUUGUCUGAGCUAUCAACAAGCAACCUAUAA